AUGCCACCGCACCCCCUCCACCCGCGGUCACGCAUGACCUCUUCUCUCUUCGCAACCACGGUUGUCGCAAGCUUCUUCGUGGUUGGCAUGCCACAUCUGCUGCCAUGCCCCGCGCCGAGAGUCACGUACGCCGACGGGGAGAUUGUGGUUGGCGAGGACGGCCGGCGAAGGAGGCGCCGUCGUCGCGACGCAGCCCCAGAAAUCAAGGACGGUGUGGUCAGCUUCAAUCAAGUGGGUGACGAGGAAACGAUACGAGCAAGAGAAGAGCGACUGAGGAGGGAGUGCCCUGUACCGAAACCAGGUGGCAUUCUGGGUGAGUGGUUGGGAUUCCACGGGCCGAGCAAAGCGGAUGACAGCAGAGCGGAGAGGUGA